GUCUACAUAUGUAUCGAUCAGUAGCAGUAGAUGUCCCGCCGAAUAGCUCUAGGUAGUGGGAACAUGAGGAGAUCAGCUAUAUAGCCUAUCUAUGGACUAGGAAGAUACAUGCCAGCAUUAAUAGCUACUUGGACACGCUAGGCAGUAUCGGCAUCAGGACAUGUAAAACAAAGGUAGCAGCUGAGGGUGUUCAGGUACCUCGGAGCUGGUAAAGUGGAGACCUUAUGACGAUGCUCCAUCAGAUGCUUCCUGGCUUGCUUGGUGCUGCUUGGUGCUGCUUGGUGCUGCUUGGUGCUGCUUGGUGCUGCUUGGUGCUGCUUGGUGCUGCUUGGUGCUGCUUGGUGCUGCUUGGUGCUGCUUGGUUGCUUGCUUGCCGACGACUGGUACACCAAGACGAAAAGGCCGGGUGUAAAUCAAGGCUUGGAAUUGCAUGCACUUUCCCGCCGCCGCCAACAUCUCCUUUCUUCACGCAGUCUGCCGACUUGCCGCCCACCGCCGUUGCUUCACUCUCUAUCAUCCAUUCAUUCUUCUUCACCAGGCUCAAGCUCGGACAGGUGGCUCCUGUCAUCUAUAGCGCCCCAGUCCAUCACCUCGUGUUAGUACAUGUGUCCUUCUUACCACCGUCAGACUGAUGUGCCUUUUAUAAUCCUCCUAAGCAGUCUACCCAAACUCUCCCUUUGUAUACCGCCUAUACCUGCGUACAUCAUUAAUCCGAGCCAAAGUGACGAUAUCCCGCUAAUAAUUGAUCUGGUGGCUAGUAUUUCCGUUGCCUUCUCUUGCCCGCCGUGCCACUCCAUCUGUAUAACCAACCGCUC